UGGUAGCUUAACAGUUACAGUGAAAGCAAGGAGAUCUGAAAAUGAUGUAAUUAUAUCAAAUAAUGUGUUUGUUUUGGAUUAUGUUCCUGGUGAACUCUGGGAAAACUCAGCAGGACACCCAUGAUGGAAUUCUAACAUCAAGCUACUUCUCGUCAGAUUUGACAACACAUCACAUUCUACAAAAACUGUUUGUCCUGAGGACGAAGCUUUGGUGAAAGUUCUUCCACGAUGAGAGACCGCUUGGAGGAGCUGAGGAAGAGGACUCAAGACUAUUCUGAGGCAGCAUCUGAGAACAGCGUCUCUCCCUCAGUGGAGGUUGAUAAUGACGACUCUAUGGCGGCCAUAACGCCACAGGCUGUGAUGUUCGAGGAAGAGCCGGUCAUUAAGAAUUUCCUGUUUGAGGCCCAACGAAUCAGAGAUGAUAUCACAGUGCUGGACACAGAGGUCCUUAAGUUUGGACAGCAGCAAAAGACCGUGGUUGCAACCAUGCGUCAUUUCAGUGUGAUGAAGAAGGAGAGCAGUAUAACCCGGGACAUCAAGCUCAAGGCCGAGAGCCUCCAUCGACGCUUAGAUGCUCUUUCAAAACAGGUCCAAAGGACUGAGGACCAACUGGGACCUAAUGCUGUUACAACCAGAAUACAACUCUCCCAGCAUGCAUCACUACACUCCAAAUUCCAGCAGGUAAUGUGGCAGUAUAAUGAAGGUCUGCCGACGAAGCAGGAGCGCUGUAAGCAUUUCAUUAUCCGGCAGCUGGAGGUAUCUGGAAGGGAUGUGACGGAGGACGAGGCAAAUGAAAUGGUGACCACAGGAAAAUGGGAGGUGUUCAAUGAGAACCUGCUGAAUGAUGCCAGAAUCACACGAUCACAACUAUCUGAGAUUGAACAGCGACACAAGGAGCUGUUGAGUCUGGAGAACAACAUGAGGGAGCUGAGUGACCUGUUUAUGGACAUUUUCAUGUUGGUGGAGGAACAAGGCUCCUACAUUGAGAACAUCCAGACCAAUGUGGAGAGGUCUCAGGAUUAUGUGGCUAAAUCUAAUGAACAAUUCAAGAUGGCCGCCAGAUACAAGAAGAAUAACCCACUGCGACAGCUGUGCUGCUGUUGCUGCCCACCCUGGAGAUUUUGCUUAUAAACAUGUGUUCACCUCAACGUUCUUUCCGAGUAACAUUUUAUAUUAGAAGUCUCACUUACUUGUUGGGAAUAAGGAACUUUGGAUUCAAGUACCAUUAAAGUGAAGGUUAUUACGGCUCUGUCGUUUUGCUGUUGAACAGUGUGAAGGUGAAGAUAGAUUCAGCAGAGCAUGGAAAACAAUUAGGGUGAAAGCCAGAAUUGGUAUUUGAAGCACUUGUUUCUUUCAAGAGGAUGUGAGACAACUGCUAUUGGAAGAGACAGUUCAGUGAGUGCUGCUCACCAACACUGCUGCUUAUUGGAGACCUUCACUGUCAUCUGACAGAGGUCACAAACAAGCCGAGACCACUGCCUCUCACUGCUGGAUCAGCAAGACCCAAGACAAGACGUCAAGACUUCUACCAAUGAGCCUCUUAGCUUUCCUCUGUCACAGGACCACAUGUGACCAUUUAUUUGUGUAUACAUUAUGUGCACUUUAAGACUUAUCUAUUUUUUUCAUCUAAAUUUAAAAUGUACCCUUGUGGGAAAAGAUACGCUUUCUUAAACGUGUCGAUUCUUUAUCCAUUAAUUUCCUUCUUGGUCCACAUGGUCGUGAAAUAGACCACUUGUUUCACAAUUAGUCACUAUUCUAAUUUGCAUUUCAAAGUAUGGUAAUUUGGGGUGAAUUUUUUUUAAUUCUUUUAUUCAACUUCACAGAGGUGGGGAUUCAAGUAAAACGUUGAAUAACGACGAUCCUUGAUCAAAAUAUUUCCGCCCUGGUGACAAACUGCAGAAAAUGAAAAAGUUGAAAAAUAAGAUUGAAGUUUAUUAUUGGAGGAAAUAUUUCCUUUCCCUAGAUUAAUUUUUUAUUUGGGAUAUGGUGAAACUGUGACAUUGUUCCAAUGAAAAAUGCUGGCAUCUAUUUGUAUAAUAGUUUUAAUUAUUAUUAAAAUGAUAAUGACGCUAAAAAAGAAAGAAGUGGCUGUUAAGCAGGAGAAGGGCUCUCACCUAGGAGUUAUCCAGCAGAAUGGAUUUGAACAGAUCAGCACACUCACACCUGUUAACUGGUUAUAGUUAAAUUGUUCACGCUUUACUUCAUGCAGAGUAGAAAUUACUGUCACAUUUUCCUGGAGGGUGUUGCGACUAACAUAUUAAGAGUCACUAAUUAAUUUCAGGAGACUUUAUGCUUUUUCUCACGUACCAGCAAAAUGGCUCUUAACUAGCCUCUCAUCAGCUGUGAGAUUCUUUAGUGAAUCAAUGACCCAUGGUGUCUGGUGUCCAGGACAAAAUAAAGGUGAAGAAAGUGUGCCAGAUAUAGCCUGGAAAAUCCGGUUUGUCCGCUUUUCCCGAAUAGCUCCCAGGCUACUAGAUGUUCCUGUAGGGAAGGG